AUGGGAAAUCUGAGUUUUUUACUCGUUUUGCUCCUUUUCGAGUCCGUACGAUCGAUUGCAUAUACAGAAAUCAGUCAUGAUGGACUGUGCGGGCACGGUGUAUCUUGUUUGGGAUCCAUGUUUGGAAACUGUUGCAGUAAAUACGGAUUCUGCGGCUCAACGCUUGACUAUUGCGGUGUAGGUUGUGAGGUCCAGUAUGGGUACUGCGAAUCGAUACAAGGGAAACCGUCCCCUGAUGGCACCUGCGGAGGGGAAAAUGGCUUUACUUGCAAAGCCUUGCUUUCUUCACCAAUAUCCAAAACUUCCCCAAGUCCAUCUCUAUCGAUAGCUACCGUCUCUUCAAGCCCAAGCCUUCAGAUUACAAACACGGUUCCGCGAAGCAGUGCGCCGGUCCUGGCUUCCCCUACCGCAAGCUCGACCCUCUCUUUUGUACCGACCAAGACUCAGGAAUCAAACACUCCUAACUGCUCUACAAGGUCUCGGCCCACCAUGAACUGCAUACCUUGCGACGGCCAGGCUGGGUCCCUUCCCUAUUGUGGAGCAGAUAUCACGACCAACAACUACAAUUUCACGCCCAAAACCUGCCGAACAGUGUCCUACAAUUUCGCCAUUACAAAUUCUACAAUUGCCCCUGAUGGAAUCCCACGAAUGGCUCUCCUUGUCAACAACCAGAUGCCUGGCCCUACCAUUGAAGCAAAUUGGGGAGACACAGUCAUCGUAACUGUCACUAACAAACUCGAAGACAACGGUACCAGCCUCCACUUCCACGGAAUCAGGCAGCUCAACAACAACGAGCAUGAUGGUGUUCCAUCCCUAACACAAUGCCCAAUUGCUCCCGGUGAAUCGAUGACCUAUAAGUUUAUUGCUACGAAUUAUGGAACAUCAUGGUGGCACUCGCACUUCGCAAUCCAAACUUGGGAGGGUGUUUUCGGUCCAAUGAUCAUUCAUGGCCCAACCUCCAAAGAAUAUGAUGUUGAUGCAGGAACGGUCGUACUCCAAGAUUGGAGUCAUAAAACUGUUGAUUCGGUGUACAAUGCUGCCGAAGAUGCUCUGACUGGUGGACCACGAAUAAUGGACAAUGGUUUGAUCAACGGAAUGAACGUCUGGGGAACUGAUAACACGACAAAUCAAACAGGCCAGCGCUUCGAACUCGAGACGAAAUUUGAGCCAGGCAAAACGUAUCUUUUCCGAAUCAUCAACGCCGCGAUCCAAUCUACGUACAAGUUCUAUAUAGAUGGACAUACUCUGGAGGUUAUCAAUAUGGAUUUUACGGCCAUCCAGCCGUAUACCACGGAUAUUUUGAAUAUCAACAUCGGUCAACGGUACAUGGUGCUUGUGAAAGCUAACCAGCCGUCGGGCUCGUACUGGCUUCGUGCCGACAAUCAGAAUGGCUGCGCAAUUACCACGCAAGGAACCGACAUCAAAGGCAUAGUCAGAUAUGUUGACGCACUAGCCGUCACACCAACCUCCACAUCAUACAGCUAUAACACUUCAGAGGGAUGUGUUGACGAGCCUUAUGCUUCCUUGGUGCCUAUAGCCCAACUAAAUGCAACAAAUCAAGACUUGGAGUUCGAAUAUGACAUCACGGUCAAAGGGGACAGCAAAAAUCUGUUCCGAUGGUACCUCAACUCCACCACAUUUAUGUCCAACUAUUCCGAUCCCACACUUCUCCACCUCCUCUCUAACACCGACAUCACCAACUCCAGCCUUUCCAUUCCAGCAUACUCAGGCCCCCUCCUCCUAGACUUGCCAAACCUCGAUGAAUGGGUUUACGUUAUCAUGGAAUCCGACAUCGACCUCCCACACCCAAUCCACCUCCACGGCCACGAUUUUUUUAUCUUAGCAGAAGGACCCGGCGGUUUCUCACCCUCAACGCCAUUGAAUUUCAAUAAUCCGCCCCGGAGAGACACUGCGCUUAUGCCAGCGAAAGGAUUCCUUGUUAUCACGUGGAAGACGGAUAACCCAGGGAGCUGGCUGCUUCACUGUCAUAUCGGAUGGCAUACAGCCAUGGGCUUUGCGAUUCAGAUUCUCGAGAGUAAAGACCGGAUCAAGGAUACGAUCCAGGAUACUUGUAUGAUGCAAAAUAUGUGUCGGGCUUGGAAUGAGUGGGUGGAGGGUAAAAAGUAUGAGCAGUUCGAUUCGGGGGUUUAA